CCUCAAUACACUACCAUGCAACUGCAAGGAAACAAACAAAACACAUCUAAGCAAAGCAAAACAUUGCAAUGGCUUCUGCUCAGUGUGAGAAACCCAAAACCACAGUUGAAGUUAGCCAAUCAAAAUGCCACAACAAACCCAAUGCCACAGUUGAAGCUAACCAUCCAAAAUGCCACAACAAACCCAAUACCACAGUUGAAAUGUGCCAACCCAAAAGCCAACACAGUUCGUUCAGCCAAAAGUUAUCUGAGAUAACUAGCAAGGCUUUCAAAGGGCACCAAGCCCGUCAUGGCAACAACCAAAAUCAACUUCAGUGCUAUAGCCAAACUCAGGUUGAGUCGCAGGGCCACAAUGGAACCAAGACAGAGACUCACUCUUAUAGCCAAACUCAGACCCAACACGACAAAAAACAUGGAGUCUCCAAAACACAGAUCACAGUUACCGUGGUCCAAGCACAAAUCACCCAUACUAAUGAGAACCCUUCUCCUAAUGGUACCAUUACAACAUGUUUUGGAACUCAUGGGAAGAAGAAUGGAGAGCUGAACAAUAAGAAGGAUAUGAACUUGUUCCGGAGGUUUAAGAAUGGUAUGUCCCACCAUAACAACAAUGAAGGAGGAGGCAGCAGCAGUAGCAGUGAUAGCGAAAGUGACAAUGAGAAGUGUCCAAAGACAAAGAAAUGAAAUGAGCAGCUGCAAACAGGACGCAAAUAAACAAAGCUUGGUCAAGGAAAGGAAAGAAUAUCCUUACUAAUAAUCAGUGUGUUUACGAUUUGAUGAUGCUAUUCUUGUACCCAAUAUAGUUGGGAGAAAUAAUUUCAAUAUUUCACUUUGCUGUGUAUCUUAUGAUGAAUAAUAGAUGCUAUCCUAUGCUUUUGGAUUAAUGUUUGUAAAAUUGUUUGACGAAACUUAAUUAUGCAAAAUUGAUUUUA